CCUCCCCCCCACCUGCAUCCUCCUCCGCGCGCCACUGCGGCCUAGCGGUGCAGUUGAGAGGAGCCGACAUGAAGGCGACUCUGGGGAGCAGGGACCACUGGACCGAAGGGAAGGUGUUUAUUCAGCUUUGGUCUGGACAUUGAAAAGACAAUAUAAAGUCCAUAGCAUGGCCCCCACACUCACCUGCUCAUGAAUGAUGCGGCUAUGAUUCCUGUCUGCUCCCAGAAAGAGCUCCAGAGUCAGAUAGGAGAGGCUGAUUUUCAGGGACAGUGCUUGGCCUAACGGAGGUGCUGUUGCUUUGCAGCAUACAUUGAUGCAUUUAGAAGAAAUAAAUAUCCAGCUGACGAAACUACUGACUUCUGUGGAUGCCAUAACUGUAUGAAUUCUAAGAAGGAAAAGAAGUUUGAGAAUGAGAGAAAUCAGGUUCAGCCUGGAGAGGCUAGCAUGACCUAUACAGAAGAACAGUUACUUGGGGUGCAGAGGAUAAAGAAAUGCAGAAGUUACUAUGAAAUUCUGGGAGUUGACAGAGAUGCCAGUGAUGAGGAUCUCAAGAAAGCUUACAGAAAACUGGCCCUGAAAUUUCACCCUGAUAAGAACUGUGCACCUGGGGCCACAGAAGCUUUUAAAGCAAUAGGGAAUGCGUUUGCUGUUCUCAGCAAUCCUGAUAAAAGAUUACGCUAUGAUGAAUAUGGAGAUGAACAAGCAACUUUUGCUGCGCCCCAGGCCCGACCCUAUGCUUAUUACUCAGAUUUUGAAGCUGACAUUACUCCAGAGGAGGUCUUCAAUGUGUUCUUUGGAGGACAUUUUCCUACAGGAAAUAUUCACAUGUUUUCAAACGUGACAACUGAUGACACACACCUUUAUCGUCGGCGACACCGAAAUGAGAGAGUACAGACCCAGAAGGAAGAAGAAGAGGAAAAGCCUCAGAAUAUGUAUUCUGCAUUUCUUCAGUUGCUUCCAGUUCUCGUGAUUGUGGUUAUAUCUGUUAUUACUCAGCUGAUGGCCACAAAUCCUCCAUACAGUUUAUUCUAUAAAUCGUCCAUUGGGCACACCAUUUCCAGAGAAACAGAGAAUCUUCAGGUGCCUUAUUUCGUGGAUAAACACUUUGAAAAAAACUACAAAGGGCCAUCACUGCGUGAUUUGGAGAAGACUGUAGAAAAGGAUUAUAUAGAUUAUAUUCAGUCAAGUUGUUGGAAGGAAAAACAACAAAAGUCAGACUUGACAAACUUGGCCAGACUGUACCGAGAUGAACGCUUGAAACAAAAGGCAGAGUCACUGAAACUUGAAAACUGUGAAAAACUGUCUAAUCUUAUUGGCCUCCAUAAAGGUGGUUGACGGAAUCAUAGGCGGAUUACACAAGGGCAUGAGUUUUUCUUAGUUGUUCCUAUUUAUGUUACUAAUUCCAUUUUAUAAAAGAAAAUUAGAAAGUCAACUCCAUUUUUAUGGCUUGCUGGAACGCAAGUGGACAGAGCUGAAAACAAUUGAGCCAUGGAGAUAGUUUCCAGUCUUCUCAUAAUCCUUGCUGUAGUCUGACUCCAAAGGCCAGUGAUGGUUCAACUAAAUUGAUUUCUUGGGCAUAAAUAUUUGAUCUGACACUGUCCCACACCAUUCCUGACUACCCUCUGGGGACUUUGUUCCAGAAGUAGAACCAAAACGUAUUCUCUUAUCGGUGGAUAAGUGUAUCAUCCAGAAAUAAAGAGUCACCAUUCAGUUCCGUGACACACACAAGCUUUAUAGCUUUAGUUAUCUAUAGCCCAUACAGCAAAUAGUACCUUUCUAUCAGUUAGAGAUAUCAUUUCACUCCCAUCUCACUAGGCAGAACAUGUUAAAGUCAAUUCUUCAUUAUUCUAUGGCCAUGAGAAAGACAUAAUUAAAGACAUAAUAAAAUGAGAUAAUAUAUGUAAUGCACUUUGUAAAUUGUAAAACACGAAUGUCUUAUUAUUAUUAUUGUUAAUGAUAACACAGAUAAUUCUAAACUCUUAUUGUAGCUAGUAGUUUUCACACCCCCAUUCUCUUGUUAGAGUUGCUGACAUUAGGGGGCAGCUAGGUGGCGCAGUGAAUAGAGUACCAGCCCUGAAGUCAGGAGGACCUGAGUUCAAAUAUGGCCU